AUGCUCGCCCGCGCACCACACUCCCUGCGUGCACAAGUUGCGCGUACUCGUGUCGCCCCCUCUGCACGCUUUGUGCAUGGCCAUGGCGAAUAUCAUCACUUGCCAUUUGAGUGGCCUGGAAAGAAACGACUAUCGUUCGGUAUCAAGCUCACCGCUUUCCUGGUAACAGGGUUCAGCAUUCCUUUCGCGGCUGCCAAAUUUCAAUUAAACAAGUCUGCUGCAACAUAG